AUGAAAGAAAUGCGUGAAACGAUAACUGGUGAUAGCAAGAAAUUAAAAGAUGAAGGUUAUGUAAAUGAAACAUUAUGGAAACAAGCAGCUAAUCUAUUAUUUUGUGCCGGUGGUACUUUGCUUUGUUAUUUUUGGUUUGGAAUCAUUCAAGAAUCAAUAAUAAAGGGUAAAUAUGGUUCUGAUGGAAAUGAACGUUUCACAUACACACAAGCACUGGUAUUUGUACAAUGCGUUGUAAAUACAAUAUUUGCAUAUGUUUUGACAGAUAAAACGAAAGAUAGUGUGCCAACACACACAUAUGCUAUCAUGUCUACUAGCUACUUAUUUGCAAUGAUUACAAGUAAUCAUGCACUACAGUAUAUACCAUAUCCAACGCAGGUCUUGAGUAAAUCAUGUAAACCAAUACCCAUAAUGGUUUUCGGUUUCCUCUUCGCUAAUAAACGAUACCAUUUGAAGAAAUGUUUCUGUGUUUUGAUGAUUGUAUUUGGUGUUGUAUUAUUUCUGUACAAAGAAAAAACAGAUAUAACAUAUGGAAAAUCUGCUUUCAGUUUAGGUUUUGGUGAACUAUUACUGCUGCUAUCGUUGGCAAUGGAUGGUACCACAGGCGCAAUACAGGACAAAAUUCGUCAGCGGCAUAAGGCAAAUGCUCACAGUAUGAUGUAUAAUAUGAACUUAUUUUCUUCGUUAUAUCUUCUAGUCGGUCUGCUUUUAACCGGUGAAUUUCUCGAUUUCAUGAUAUUUGUGCAAUCUUACCCGAAAAUAAUAAUAGAAUUAUUUGCUCUUGCUGCUGCAAGUGCUCUGGGACAGUUCUUCAUUUUCAAAACUGUAGCAGAGUUUGGUCCGCUCACUUGUUCAAUUGUAACAACAACACGUAAAUUAUUCACGAUGCUCGGUUCAGUGAUCUUGUUUGGUAAUACGCUAACAGGGAGACAGUCUUUAGCCACCGUCGUUGUAUUUACUGGUUUGCUGUUGGAUGCUAUAGAAAGUAAAAGGAAAGGAUCCAGUGGCAAAGUUAAACUCGCUAAAGAAAGCGAUGUUCAAAAUAAAUCGUUGUAA